AUGAAUUCCUAUAUCCCACCAGCAUCUUUGAAGGGAGGUCGCUAUGUUCCGAAAAAGGUUCUUGGUAUCGGUACCUACGGUCAAGUUUUGCUUUGUGCCGAUCAGUUAGUUGGCGGAGAUGUCGCUGUAAAAGUAGCGCAGUCUAACCCGGCCUAUCGACGCUCUGCGAUGAAUGAAAUAUGUGCCCUGCAAAAGCUCCUCGAUAAUGCUAACUGUGUCAGGCUGUUAGAUGUCUUCGAGGACAGCGGCCACGUGUGUAUUGUUACAGAGUUAUUGGAUAAGAACUUGUUUGAGUUGUUGCGUGAUCGUGGAUUUAUACCAUUGAUGAUCUCCGACAUAAAAAAGGUCUGUAGACGUGUUCUUCAGGCCCUCACUGCGCUGCAUAGAGUGGGAUUCAUGCAUUGCGACAUUAAACCCGAAAACAUCAUGCUGCGAAAGGUAUCUAACGUGGAUAAAUUUAGCAACAACGCAUUGGUGCAUAUCAACGAGCAUGCUUCAAAGGUGUUUCCGCAUAAAGUAAUUCAGUCUGACUCUAUUAACAAGGAGAACGAUUCUUGUCAGAAAUGCAUCCAAGAUGAAUUAAUUGCGUUUUCACUCAGCAGUUCGUCAGAUUGUGGCGAGGAGGAGGUGGAUUUUGAUCAAACAUGUCUAAUUGACUUCGGCGCCGUUCGACAGUUUAACGAAAACGACUACUAUGACGUGCAGUCUCUAUGGUAUCGCGCACCGGAGGUCCUAUGCGGCUUACCCUACACGGCGAAGAUUGACUCAUGGAGCGUGGGUUGCCUUUUGGCGGAGCUUUACAGUGGGAAACCCCUUUUUCCCGCUGAAAAUGUAGAAGACCAGCUCUCAUAUAUUGUCCAACUUGUGGGAUAUCCGUCUCAAAGUGCUUUAAAUUUAGGGAACAACGUUAAGCAGUUCCGUCUACCUGAGGUGAGAACCAACCGCCAAGCGACAGCAUUGCAAGUGAGUAACUGGAUCAAAAUUUGCCGCCAUCACAACCUUCAGUGGCACCAAAAUCGGCUCACACCCCAGUCUCACCCACAAAACCAAGGGCUAGGCAUUGAAAGGCUUUCCAAUACCCCAUGCAGCAGUAGCAUAUUGAAUGCCCCGAUAAGCUCUGAACCCAAUCUGCACAAUCUACACAAUCUGCACAAUCCGACCUCUUCUGCAGAAGAGGCUUUGCUGAUAAAUCUCAUUAUUCACUUGCUUUGCCCGGACGAGCAGCACCGCCUGAGCUGCGAGGAGGCUCUCCAGCACCCUUUUCUGAGUGCGUCACCGUCGAACACAUACGCGUCCUUUCCCUUCACCAACUCUCCACAGCAGCGACCAACCUCCAGUGUCCUUUCCGGCAGCUCCAGCUUUCCCAACUCCUCACUGAUCGGCCCGACGAUUUCGCCGAUCCCAGGCUUCCCCCCUGGGUGCUUCUCCCCGCCCUCGCUGGUGAACCCCGCGUCGUCGGCGGACCCCAACCUUCUCCCACCCCAUCCCAACAUCCCGCCCCCGCCCCCGCAAGGACUGACGCUCCUCCCAAAGACGUGCCUGAUGCCUUUCGGGGCGGGGUUCCUCCCUGCCGGCGAGCACCCCGCCGCGGGGGGUGGGCAGUCGCCCUACUUCGUGAUGCGCCCCUCGUCGCCGCGGAAGGUCUUUCGGGUGCCGAUGGUGCUCCCCGUCCCCGUCAACAACCCCCUCCCUGGGGUUGCCUCGCAGUCCAAAGGGCGGCCGCCACCCCCGCCACCGGCCCUCUAUGCCCCCGUGUACGUCUCCAUGGAGAACAAACGGCUGGUGCCGGUGGGGUCCUCUCUAGGAGGGGGGUACCCUCCUGCCAACCACCACCACCACAACUCCACCCAUGAGAUUCGCCGAUUGGGGACGACGGAGGACUUCCCACACGGGGGCCGUACCGAGGUAGGGGGUCGUCUGCCGGUUUAUCCUUCCCACUCGCACUACGUGGCAUCUCGCACCGCCACCGUCGUCACGUUCCCAUAA